AUGUCGGAUGGCGUGGCGCAGGCAGAGGCGGCGAAAGAAGCCGGGAACACGCUGCUCAAGGCAGGCGAUUUCGCCGGAGCAGCCGCCAAGUACCUCGAGGGGAUCGAACUUACCGAGCCUUUGCUCGAGAAAGAUCCUGCCGAGCUCGGCGAGGAGCUCCAGAAGCGGGGCACCGCGGCGUACCAAGCGCUGCGGCUCAACUCCGCGCAGGCCUGCAUCAAGCUGAGCAGCUGGACCACAGCGAUCGACCACGCUGGGAAGGUCCUCCUCUUGGAGAAGGACAACACCAAAGCCCUGUACAGAAAAAGCUUUGCUGCGGCCCAGCUUGCCACAGAGGGGCGCCUAGAGGAGGCGAGGAGCGACCUCUCCCGCCUGGCGACCCUCGAGCCGAGCAAUCGCGAGGCGAGAGAGCUGCUACAGAAGGUGAAGGAGCGACUGAAGGACCUGAAGCAGCAAGAGAAGGAGAGGCUGAGUGCAGCCAUGAAGGGAGGCCUCUACCAGGAGCAGCACAAGAAGCAUGGAAAGCUGCAAGCUGCAUACGAGGAGGAGGUGAAGCGGCGGAAAGAGGCUGGGGAGGACGAGAUCAGCUUCGAGGACUUUGCCAAAAAGGCGAAGGAGAAGGAGGAGGAGCUCGAAAAGAAGCAGAAGGAGGAGGCCAAGAAGCGCCGCGAGGAGGAGCAGCUGGAGGAGGAGAAGAGGCAGCUCGCUGUAGAGAACGCCCGCCGCGUUGCGGAGGGGCAGGCCGAGCUGUCUUUGGAGGAUUGGAGAGCCGAGGUCGCCAAGAAGGCUCAAGAGGCGCGCAAGAGAGCGGAAGAGGUUGUGAAGAUGGACGAAGCAGAAUUGGAUGAGGAGGACAAGAAGCUGCUCAAGGAGACCAAGGAGAAGGGCUACUACCACGGCCGGCUUGGCACUGUCCUCUCCGAUGCCGCGCCGAAGCCGCAGCUGGUCACCGACCCCGCGUCGCCCACCUCCGGUGCCGUGGCGGGCAGCGAGUGGAAUCAGGCAGGAACCUGGGAGGAGAAGGAUGCGUCGUCCUGGGCGAAGGAUAGAUUGAGCGCGUGGCUCAGCGAUGCCUGCGUUUCGAGCUCCAAUGUGACCCUGCCUGACGGCAGCAUCGGGGAAGUCACCGCCAAGGUGACGAAGGUGAAGUCGCUGAGUGGCGAGGCCCACAUCGUGUAUGUUCGAAAGCAGGUCCGACACGGCUUCAACUACGAAGCAGAAGUCGGGUUUUCCAUGACCUUGGGAACGGACAAGCUGAGCGGCACGCUCAGCCUCCCCGACCUAAUCGACGUGACGCCCCCUGGCGAGCUGCAAAUGAAGGCCAAGUGGAAGAAUUCCGGCCCUUCUGAAGAAGUUUUGCCACUGGCCAAUGAGUGGCUAGAUCGCUUGUGCGAGCGAGUCCGAGGACAGGUCGCGGCUUUCCGCGACGAGCGCCUCGGCAGCCAAGGAGAAGCCGAAGCAGAAGAUGAGGAGGAGAAGGCCUCGCUUGGCGAUUCUUGGCAUGCGAAGAUCAUCAGACGGCGCAAGACCUCAACCAUCAAUGGCCUGUCCUCACUGACCGGCGCAACUUUCAGUGACCUGCACUUGCAAGAGGCCAGGGGAGGGGCCCGCCUCCUCCGCGAAGCAGACAAAAAACCAACCCAGAUGGCCUCCAAGGUUGGCACGGCCGUGGGCCUGGGCGCCCUUCGCGCAACCACCCAGGCGCAGCAGCAGGCACGACCUGCGCCCUCCAGCGCGCCGUUCUCCGCAGCCGCCGUCGUGGCGGCCUCCGCGGGCGCUGUCUACGCAGCCAGCAACAGGAAGGUGGCCGUCAAGGCCAACGUCACCGCGCUGCGAGCCUUCGAGUCCGAACUGGGGGUGCAGCCUCCCGUCGGCUACUGGGAUCCGCUCGGCCUUGCCCGAGAUGGCGAUGUGGAGGCCUUCAUGCGCAGGCGCUCCGUGGAGCUGAAGCACGGGCGUAUCGCCAUGCUCGCCACCAUGGGAUACAUCACCCCAGAGAUUGCCGGCAAGUUCCCAGGCUUCCUCUCGCCCUCGGCCGGCUUGAAGUUCGCCGACGUCCCAAACGGCCUGGCAGCCCUUUCCAAGGUUCCCGCAGGUGGCUGGACCCAGAUCCUCCUCUACAUGUCUUGGUGCGAGGUGAGCCGCGGGGCGGGGUCGGACAUCGCCAGCGGACGCCCGGGUGACUUCGGCUGGUACGUCCUCACCUCGGCGGACCCGGAUGCAAAGCAGAAGAAGCUGAGCGCAGAGCUGGCCAACGGUCGCCUGGCCAUGAUGGCCAUCAUCGGUAUGUUCUACCAGGACGGCCUCACAGGCUCCGCCUGGGGUGACUGGUCCCUGUACACGGAGUCGCCCCUCCGUGCCUUCGAGGAGGAGACGGGCGUGCAGCCCCCGGUCGGCUUCUGGGAUCCCCUUGGCCUGUCCUCCAGCGGCAACCUGUCCGACUUCAGCCGCCGCCGCGAGGUCGAGCUCAAGCAUGGACGCGUGGCGAUGUUCGCGACCAUGGGAUACAUCCUCCCUGAGUACUGGCGAUUCCCGGGCUACCUGUCCAAGUAUUUGGACAUCAAGUUUGCGGACGUGCCCAAUGGCCUCGCCGCCUUCAGCAAGGUCCCAACCUUCGGCUGGCUUCAGAUUGUCGGCUUCGCAGGCAUCGUCGAGGUUAACGUCUACAACGAGCAGAUCGACAACGAGCCGGGCAACUACGGUGCAGGCUUUCUUGGUCUCAGGUCCAUCGGCGUCAUGAGCACUGGCAUCGCAGACCCUGACGUCCGCAAGAAGAAGCUGAACGCCGAGCUGGCCAACGGCAGGCUGGCCAUGAUGGCUAUCAUCGGUAUGUUCUUCCAGGAUGGCCUCACCGGCUCUGCCUGGGGUGACUGGUCCCUGUACACGGCUUCCCCUCUUCGAGCCUUUGAGAGCGAGCUGGGCGUGCAGGCGCCUGUGGGCUUCUGGGACCCCCUCGGCCUGUCGGCGGAUGGCGACACCGAGGUCUUCAAGCGCCGCCGCGAGGUGGAACUCAAGCACGGCAGGAUCUGCAUGUACGCCACCCUCGGCUACAUCGUGCCGGAGUACUUCCGCUGGCCUGGUGACCUCUCCCCCAAGCUGGGCCUGAAGUUCACCGACAUCCCCAACGGCCUGGCCGCGCUCACGAAGGUGGGCGACGAGCCCGGCAACUACGGCAAGGGCAACCUGGGCCUGGGCUUCCUGAAGUCCGUGGCCGACCCUGAGGCGCGCACCCGCAAACUGUCAGCGGAGUUGGCGAACGGCCGCCUGGCCAUGAUGGCCAUCAUGGGUAUGCUGUUCCAGGACGGGCUCACGGGCUCCGCGUGGGGUGACUGGGCCAACUACACGGACUCUCCUCUCCGCAGCGGUUUGAUGAGCCCCGGUUACAACACCCUGCCUGAGUGGGAGAAGCCCAAGACCGGCUUCGAAGGAGUCACCGGUGAUCAGGCGCCUCUCGGAUUCUGGGAUCCCCUCGGGUUCUCCAAGGACCUUGACAUCGAGGUCUUCAAGCGUCGUCGUGAGGUCGAGAUCAAGCACGGACGUGUGUCCAUGUUUGCGACAAUGGGGUACAUCGUCCCAGAGUACUUCAAGUUCGACGGCUACCUCUCCCCAUCCAACAACUUGAAGUUCGCUGAUGUCCCCAACGGCCUCAAGGCCAUCUCCGUGGUGCCCAAGGAGGGCUGGGCCCAGAUCUUUGCGUUCGCAGGAUUCUUGGAGAUUGUUGCCAACAAGAAGACGUCCGAGCCAGGCAACUACGGCAAGGGCAACCUUGGUCUGGGAUACCUGGGCCUUGGCAACUCCGUGCAGGACCCGACCCUGCGCGCGAAAAAGCUCAACGCAGAGUUGGCCAACGGACGCCUGGCGAUGAUGGCCAUCAUCGGAAUGUUCUUCCAAGAUGGACUCACUGGCUCCGCAUGGGGUGACUGGGCCAACUACACGGACUCUCCUCUCCGUGCGUUUGAAGGAGAGCUGGGCGUGCAGGCGCCUGUGGGCUUUUGGGAUCCCCUCGGCCUUUCCGCCGACGGUGACGUGGACACCUUCAAGCGACGAAGGGCCGUCGAGCUGAAGCACGGACGCAUCUGCAUGUUGGCCUGCACCGGCUACAUCAUCCCGGAGUACUUCAGAUGGCCCGGCUACCUGUCCCCGGAGAAGGGCCUCAAGUUCAGCGACAUGCCGCAUGGCAUUGCAGCGAUCUCCAAGGUGCCCUUGGAGGGUUGGCUGCAGAUUGUUCUCUUCAUCGGCCACUACGAGGGUUACUUCUGGCGCCAGGAUUCCAAGCGUGCCCCUGGCGACUACGAAGGCUACGGCUUCCUCGGCGUUGGCAAGAACUUCAUCGUCAACGUUGACCCCAUCAAUUUCACCGACUCGGAGGUCAAGAAGACCAAGCUGUCCGCAGAGCUGGCGAACGGACGACUUGCGAUGGUCGCGUUGAUGGCCAUGCUUUUCCAGAACGGCACUGCCGCAUCGCCGGCAGAGAGUGGGUUCCACCGGCCCGGCGAUGUGGCUGCCAAGCGCGUAAGCCGACACAGGUUCGGGGGUGCCAUUAUGGAUCCUGAGCUCUUUUUGGCAGAGCUCUCUUCGCUGCGCUUGGGUCUCGUCAUGGCCGUGUUUCCCUGGUUCCUUUGGUUGUUGCGAGUACUUGGGUCAUUGGAAGGAUGGCAUCUAGGAAGUGCAGUGCUGUCGGCACGGCCGUGGGUGCGGAACCCAGAGACCAUCAGAGACCCGCUGAUGAUUCUGAAUCUCAGAAGCCUGGCAGGCUUAGUGGCGGGCAGCGCCUUCGUCGCUGGAGCUGGCGGCCAGUCGCGAGGAGUGGCACUCCGCGCCACGGCCCAGGGCGAGCCGAAGGCCCGGCCGGCAUCUAGCAGCAUGCCCUUCACGGCAGCCUCCAUCGUGGCGGCCUCCGCAGGUGCCGUCUACGCAGCCAGCAGCAGCCGAAAGGUGUCUGUUAAGGCUGGCGUCACCGCGCUUAGAGCGUUCGAGUCGGAGCUUGGGGUGCAGCCUCCAGUUGGCUUCUGGGACCCCCUGAGCCUCUCCGCGGAUGGCGACACCGAGGUCUUCAAGCGCCGCCGCGAAGUGGAGCUGAAGCACGGCAGGAUCUCCAUGUAUGCCACCAUUGGCUACAUCGUGCCAGAGUACUUCCGCUGGCCCGGUGAGCUCUCCCCGAAGCUAGGUUUGAAGUUCACCGACAUCCCCAACGGCCUCGCAGCCCUGACAAAGGUUCCCGGCCAGGGCUGGGGUCAGAUCGUGGCCUUCCUGGGCUGCUACGAGCUCUUCAUCAACAAGCCCGUGGGCGACGAGCCCGGCAACUACGGCAAGGGCAACCUGGGCCUCGGCUUCCUCAAGUCCGUGGCGGAUCCCGAGGCGCGCACUCGCAAGCUAUCAGCAGAGUUGGCGAACGGUCGCCUGGCCAUGAUGGCCAUCAUGGGCAUGCUGUUCCAGGACGGGCUCACUGGCUCCGCGUGGGGUGACUGGGCCAACUACACGGACUCUCCUCUCCGCAGCGGCUUGAUGAGCCCCGGUUACAACACCCUUCCUGAGUGGGAGAAGCCCAAGACCGGCUUCGAAGGAGUCACCGGUGAUCAGGCGCCUCUCGGAUUCUGGGACCCCCUGGGGUUCUCCAAGGACCUUGACAUCGAGGUCUUCAAGCGUCGUCGUGAGGUCGAGAUCAAGCACGGACGUGUGUCCAUGUUUGCGACAAUGGGGUACAUCGUCCCAGAGUACUUCAAGUUCGACGGCUACCUCUCCCCAUCCAACAACUUGAAGUUCGCUGAUGUCCCCAACGGCCUCAAGGCCAUCUCCGUGGUGCCCAAGGAGGGCUGGGCCCAGAUCCUUGCGUUCGCCGCAUUCUUGGAGCUGGUUGCCAACAAGAAGACGUCCGAGCCAGGCAACUACGGCAAGGGCAACCUUGGUCUGGGAUACCUGGGCCUUGGCAACUCUGUGCAGGACCCGACCCUGCGCGCGAAAAAGCUCAACGCAGAGUUGGCCAACGGACGCCUGGCGAUGAUGGCCAUCAUCGGAAUGUUCUUCCAAGAUGGACUCACUGGCUCCGCGUGGGGUGACUGGGCCAACUACACGGACUCUCCUCUCCGUGCGUUUGAAGGAGAGCUGGGCGUGCAGGCCCCUGUGGGCUUCUGGGAUCCCCUCGGCCUUUCCGCCGACGGUGACGUGGACACCUUCAAGCGACGAAGGGCCGUCGAGCUGAAGCACGGGCGCAUCUGCAUGUUGGCCUGCACCGGCUACAUCAUCCCGGAGUACUUCAGAUGGCCCGGCUACCUGUCCCCAGAGAAGGGCUUGAAGUUCAGCGACAUGCCGCAUGGCAUUGCAGCAAUCUCCAAGGUGCCCCUGGAGGGCUGGCUGCAGAUCGUUCUCUUCAUUGGCCACUACGAGGGUUACUUCUGGCGCCAGGAUUCCAAGCGUGCCCCUGGUGACUACGAAGGCUAUGGCUUCCUCGGCGUUGGCAAGAACUUCAUCGUGAACGUCGACCCCAUCAACUUCACCGACUCCGAGGUCAAGAAGACCAAGCUGUCCGCAGAGUUGGCGAACGGACGGCUGGCGAUGGUCGCGUUGAUGGCCAUGCUCUUCCAGAAUGGCACUGCUCACCGGCAGACAGGGCUGGCAUUGUCUGCGACGUGUAGCAACGUCACGCUGUCAGUCAGCUCCUAUUCGACCAGAUGUGGGUUCCACUGGCCCGGCAAUGUGGCUGCCAAGCGCGUAAGCCUACAGAAGUGCAGUGCUGUCGGCACGGCCGCGGGCGCGGAGCUCAGAGUGUUACUGGCAUACGGAGCAUAUUGGGUCCAGCAUUCUUUCCGGCCGAAGAAGCUGCUGGUUCUUCCAGGAGCUCCAAAGGAGCUCCAAAGGCUGGCCCCAGAUUUGCCUGGAGUCGUCCGUGAGCGCAGCCUGGCAGGCGUAGUGGCGGGAAGCGCCUUCAUCGCAGGAGCCGGUAGCCAGCCCCGAGGUGCGCUCCGCGCAACGGCCCAGGCCCAGCAGCAGGCCCGGCCAGCAUCCUCUAGUGCGCCCUUCACCGCAGCCUCCGUCGUGGCGGCCUCCGCGGGCGCCAUCUACGCAGCUAGCAGCAGCCGAAAGGUGGCUGCCAAGGCUAGUGUCACUGCGCUUAGAGCAUUUGAGUCUGAGCUCGGGGUGCAGCCUCCAGUCGGCUUCUGGGACCCCCUUGGAUUGGCCCGGGAUGGCGAUGUGGAGGCCUUCAUGCGAAGGCGCUCCGUAGAGCUGAAGCACGGGCGUAUCGCCAUGCUCGCCACCAUGGGAUACAUCACUCCAGAGAUCGCUGGCAAGUUCCCAGGCUUCUUGUCCCCUUCGGCCGGCCUUAAGUUUGCGGACGUCCCCAAUGGCUUGGCAGCCAUCUCCAAGGUUCCUGCAGGUGGCUGGACCCAGAUCCUCCUCUAUAUGAGCUGGUGCGAGGUCAGCCGCGGCGCGGGAUCCGACAUCGCCAGCGGACGCCCUGGUGACUUUGGCUUUUACGUCCUGACUGCUUCGGACCCCGAGGCCAAGCAGAAGAAGCUCAACGCAGAGCUCGCGAAUGGUCGGCUGGCCAUGAUGGCCAUCAUCGGCAUGUUCUACCAGGAUGGACUCACAGGCUCCGCAUGGGGUGACUGGUCCCUCUACACGGAGUCACCCCUGCGUGCCUUCGAGGAGGAGACGGGCGUGCAGCCCCCGGUCGGCUUCUGGGACCCCCUGGGCCUGUCGUCUAGCGGCAACCUGUCCGACUUCAGCCGACGGCGUGAGGUCGAGCUCAAGCACGGCCGCGUGGCCAUGUUUGCGACCAUUGGCUACAUCCUCCCGGAAUACUGGCGCUUUCCGGGCUACCUCUCAAAGUACCUGGACAUCAAGUUCGCAGAUGUCCCCAAUGGCCUUAGCGCUUUGAGCAAAGUGCCCACCUUCGGCUGGCUGCAGAUCGUGGGCUUCGCGGGCAUCGUGGAGGUGAACGUCUACAAUGAGCAGAUCGACAACGAGCCCGGCAAUUACGGCGCCGGUUUCCUUGGCCUUCGGUCUGUGGGAGUCAUGAGCACGGGCAUCACGGAUCCCGAGGCCCGCAAGAAGAAGUUGAACGCCGAGUUGGCCAAUGGACGACUGGCGAUGAUGGCCAUCAUCGGUAUGUUCUUCCAGGAUGGCCUCACUGGCUCCGCGUGGGGCGACUGGUCCCUCUACACAGCUUCGCCCCUGCGCGCCUUCGAGGAGGAGACGGGCGUGCAGCCCCCGGUCGGCUUCUGGGACCCCCUGGGCCUGUCGUCUAGCGGCAACCUGUCCGACUUCAGCCGACGGCGUGAGGUCGAGCUCAAGCACGGCCGCGUGGCCAUGUUUGCGACCAUUGGCUACAUCCUCCCGGAAUACUGGCGCUUUCCGGGCUACCUCUCAAAGUACCUGGACAUCAAGUUCGCAGAUGUCCCCAAUGGCCUGAGCGCUUUGAGCAAAGUGCCCACCUUCGGCUGGCUGCAGAUCGUGGGCUUCGCGGGCAUCGUGGAGGUGAACGUCUACAAUGAGCAGAUUGACAACGAGCCCGGCAACUACGGCGCCGGUUUCCUUGGCCUUCGGUCUGUGGGAGUCAUGAGCACGGGCAUCACGGAUCCCGAGGCCCGCAAGAAGAAGUUGAACGCCGAGUUGGCCAACGGACGACUGGCGAUGAUGGCCAUCAUCGGUAUGUUCUUCCAGGAUGGCCUCACUGGCUCCGCCUGGGGCGACUGGUCUCUCUACACCGCCUCACCCCUGCGGGCCUUCGAGGGUGAGCUGGGCGUGCAGGCCCCCGUGGGAUUUUGGGACCCCCUCGGUCUCUCGGCGGACGGCGACACGGAGGUGUUCAAGCGCCGCCGCGAGGUGGAGCUCAAGCACGGCCGGAUCUCCAUGUACGCGGCCAUGGGAUACAUCGUGCCGGAGUACUUCCGCUGGCCUGGUGAGCUCUCCCCGAAGCUGGGCCUAAAGUUCACCGACAUCCCAAACGGUCUCGCAGCGUUGACGAAGGUUCCCGGCCAGGGCUGGGGUCAGAUCGUGGCCUUCCUGGGCUGCUACGAGCUCUUCAUCAACAAGCCCGUGGGCGACGAGCCUGGCAACUACGGCAAGGGCAACCUGGGCCUGGGUUUCCUGAAGCCCGUGGCCGACCCCGAGGCUUGA